AGUAAACAAGAAACAUUCACUGCAUUCACAUGACAUAUAUCUCGUAUUUCGUCGGUUCGUCCUAUUAUUAUUGUUUUAUAUGAUUUAUUAAUGAAUAAAUGAAAAUUCAGUUCAGAUGAUUCUGGCGUUAUGGAAAGGCUCUUCCAUUUAAUUCUUGGAUUAUCCAUGAAUUUGGUAUGCUUUUAUCAGGUACAAGGAUCCAUCUAUGAAAACUUGAAAUACUUCGAGAUAAUCCAUGCAGAUCAACUUGAACAUAAAAUAAUAAAAAGAGGAUUGAAAGAAAGUACUCAUCCAUUUAACCACAUAAGAGAAGUAAAUUUGAAAACUCAUGGUAGAGACUUGAGACUAAUUGUAUCUCCUAAGAGGGAUAUAUUGCAUUCCAAUUUCAAAGCAUUUGCAGUAGAUGGAGAUGGAAAAGAAACAACUGUACAUAUAGACCGCAACGACUUCUACCACGGUCGCGUCUUCGGCGAGACCGACUCGCACGUCAGCCUCCACAUGGAGGACGGACUGAUGACGGGCACCGUCCAUCUGCCGGACGACAUCAUCCACGUGGAGCCCUCCUGGAGGCACCUGCCCCACCUAGACAACCGCUCCAUGAUCACAUACAGACAAUCGGACGUCAAGUUCAGCUGGGACAGAGGACAAGCAGAGGGGCUGGGCGAUCCGCACAGGAGCCACAAGAUAUGCGAUUACGUCAAAGAGGGGGUGGAAUUGGAGGGUGACGAUUAUGAUGAGGAGGAGGAGGUGUCCAAAUGGACCGAGGAGGGAUCUCACAGGCAGAAGAGGCAGAUUUUGCAGGACGAGUAUACUCCUACUAAGACGAGAUGUCCGCUGUUGUUGGUGGCCGAUUAUAGGUUUUUUCAGGAGAUGGGGGGCAGCAAUACCAAGACUACGAUCAAUUAUUUGAUAAGCCUGAUAGAUCGCGUCCACAAAAUUUACAAUGACACCAGCUGGCAGGACAGACAAGAAGAGGGUUUCAAGGGGAUGGGUUUCGUUAUAAAAAAAAUUGUCGUCCAUAGCGAUCCUACUAGGAUCAAGUCGGGUGAGGCGCACUACAAUAUGAUUAGAGAGAAAUGGGAUGUCAGAAAUCUUCUGGAGGCUUUCUCCAGAGCAUCGGGCAAUGGAGAUUUUUGUUUGGCUCACCUGUUUACCCAUCAGACAUUUAGAACGAGUAAUUCGGUAGUGCUCGGCUUGGCCUAUAUAGCCUCUCCUAGAUUGAACACUAGAGGAGGAGUUUGUAGCAAGGAGUACUUCAAGAACGGCUACACUCUCUAUCUGAACUCCGGUCUCAGCUCCAGCCGCAACCACUACGGCCAACGAGUCAUCACGAGAGAAGCCGAUCUGGUGACGGCGCACGAGUUCGGACACAACUGGGGCUCCGAGCACGACCCGGAUAUACCCGAGUGCUCGCCCAGCGCCAGCCAGGGUGGCUCCUAUCUCAUGUACACCUACAGUGUCAGCGGGUACGACGUCAACAACAAGAGGUUUUCGCCAUGCAGCUUGAGGUCGAUCAAAAAAGUUCUGCAGGCCAAGUCGGGCCGUUGCUUUUCCGAACCAGAAGAAAGCUUCUGUGGCAACCUGAGAGUGGAAGGGGACGAAGAAUGCGACGCAGGUCUUCUAGGGACCGAAGACAACGACGUAUGUUGCGAUAAAGAUUGCAAGCUGAGGCCGAAAGCCAUGUGCAGCGACAAGAACUCCCCCUGUUGUCAGAACUGCCAACACAUGCGAGCGGGCGUUAAGUGCAGAGAAGCGCAAUACGCCACGUGCGAGCAGGAGUCCCGCUGCACGGGCCUGCAGGCCGACUGCCCCAAGAGCCCGCCCAUGGCCGACGGCACGGAUUGCCAGGAGAGGGGCAGGUGCGGAGCGGGCAAGUGCGUGCCCUUCUGCGAGACGCAGUCCAUGCAAAGUUGCAUGUGCGACAUCAUCGAGAACGCUUGCAAAAGAUGCUGCAGAUCCAAUAUCAACGAGACUUGUUCGCCAGUGGACUCGACAGAUAUUUUGGCUGAUGGUACACCCUGUAUACAAGGUUUUUGCAAUAAUGGCCACUGUGAGAAAACGGUCCAAGACGUGGUGGAACGUUUCUGGGACAUCAUCGAAGACAUAAACAUUAACAAGGUGUUGUUGUUUUUGCGCGACAACAUCGUAGGCACGGUCGUCUUGGUCACUGCCCUUUUAUGGAUCCCAGCCGGUUGCGUCAUCAGUUUCGUUGACAGAAAACGAAGAAGAGACGAGUUGGAAAGAUGGGAAUGGAUGCAAAAGAACGAUAUGAUUCACGGCUCUGACGAUAUCAGACGAGUGAUACAUGUGAGGGUGCCCAAAGCUAGGAAUGUCACUCACAUAACAAGCAAUCGACCGAUCGUUCCGGAAUAGUGUGAUAACGAUAACAAAAACAGUUUAAGGAGAUAAAAAUGACGUUUUUCUGCAACCGACACAAAAGUCGUCCAUUUUAAUACCAAAAUUAGCUCUUGAAUUGACGUUUCUAUUACUGACACAAAAAUAGGUAUGUUGCUAGACAAUAAAUUUAGUUCCUAGGAGCUAAAGUUCAACUUAAGUUCCUAGGAGCUAAAGUUGAACUUCAGCUCCUGGGAGCUUAAAAGGAUGUACUAGAGUCCAUCAAGAAUAAACAACAUUGUUAUGGUUGGUUAUUUGGGUUGGGACGCAUACCUGAUUUGUUCCCGAUUUCGGUAGAUUUGGCAUAUCAUACCCAUGCUGGAGAUAUGAAUACAAGAAUACACCUCAUUAUAGACAAAGUGUCACUCUUGAUCCUAAUAAAACAAUCUACUAUUUUCAAAUGACCAGAAUGAUGUUAGGUGUAUUUUAAUAUCUAGUCAAAUCUGAUAACGAGAUAUAUGACGCCAAGAUAACUUUUUUGACAUUAUCAUUGAAUAUUAAACAAUGAUGUAGGUAUAGGUACUCUUCCUGGGUAAUUAUUUUGACGUUUGACGCAAAAAAUGUCAAGUAAUCUACUAAUCAGAAUUCGCAAAACAAAAUUCUUCGAAGUAUAUUACUAUUCGCACCUUAUUGAAAUAAGUUUUAGGAACAAAUCAGUAUUGAGUAUGUUUGAAAAUUCCAUCAAUUUGAUUACUCACCUAUUUAUUAUUUUCAGUUGUAUUUUUUGUAUUAUAAAACCUGUUGUAAAUAAUAUAAUUUCGUGUUUGUUACUUGUUUUAAAAUAAGAUUUAGGAGCUAAACCAGUAUUGAGUAUGUAAAUUGAUAACGUACUUAUUAUUUUGCGUUGUAUUUCUUGUAUUAUGGAACUAUUGUACUUAAUGUAUCUUCCUGUUUGUUAUUUUUUGUUUUUUCUGCUGUCUCGUUUAUAUGAAACACUCCAGUAUUCAUGAUAAAUCACUUUUUUGUGAUAAUGUGAUACUUAUAUAGUGAAAAUACACGAUUCC